AUGGCAGUUGAAAAAUUUGGUCCUCAUCUCAAGACGAUUCUCGAGGCGAAACAUAUCGAGAAGAUCCAUGAGCUCUGGGAAGUCGAUUAUGCCGUAGAAAUUGAACUUCCCGGAGGCGGCAAUACUCCAGAGAAUGUGAGACCGGGGUACUGUGGAGCUUAUGCGUUGCAUUUCAUGGAUGGCGGCUUAUCGUUUCCUCUUCCUCGUUUUCUUCUCGAGGCGUUGGCGGAGCUUAAGAUGGCCCUUGGGGAGUUGGGGAGUUGGGGAGUUGAAGAAGGCCUUGAGUUCAGCCUUGGGGAGUUGAAGCAACUAUUCGCUAUAAAGCGAAACAGCGGCUUUCCUGGUCUGAUGAUUCUUGCUCCUCGUUCCGGCCGUGUUAUUAUUGAAGGCAUUCCCAAUAGAGAUGAUCGAUUGAGAGAGAAGUUAUUUGUUUUUAAGAUUAACCUGGCGUCGGUCGGGGACUUUGACUUCGAGAGGAUCCCUCGGGAAUGGUCCGACGACCUUGAGCCCUUCUGCCCUGCUCCCAUGACUCCUGAGCUUCGUGGAUUAAUGGCUACUUUGCGACGUGACAUUGAUUCCGUCGUGACCGAUUUUGACACCAACAGCGAUCGAGCUUUUAAUGACAAGGUCGACUCAUUGACUCAUCGACGUCGACGUCGGGUCUUGGAAGAGAUUAACUCUGUGACUUCAGGAUCAUCGAGCCCGGGACUUUCUCCGCCGUUACGCGUUUUUGGUGAAGGUACUUCGCAGGUUAAUCCUGAUGUCCCUUUUUCGAGUGUGCCCGAAGCCUCUUCGUGGUCGUCUUCAUAUGAAAACGAGAUUCCUAUCCUUGAGAUCUGGCGCAAGAUCAGAGCGGAAGGAUGCGGGCUCCCUUCUUUGGAGCGUGUACGGGAACGUGAUGCCUAUCUUCGGAUGGCAGUUGCGAAAGGCAAGGCUAUGGAGGCGAGCAACGAGUAUGCCGCUUUGAUGGAGGGGCGAUUGGCAGAUUUUCCAAGUAAGGAGGAGAUCGCGGGUCAUCUUUUGAAGAUCCAACAGCUUCGAGGUGAGUUGGAGGCUUCUCGGGAGGUGGAGAGGCAGCGCGAAGCGGAGAUUCAGGAGUCAAAGAGGAAGUUGGCUGUUGCUGAGGCAGAGAAGGUCGCUAUUCAGAGCGAUAUUGACUCGAUGAAGGAGAAGCAUAGGCGAGAGAUCGAAGGUCGGGAUAGGAAAGCUCGUAAAGAUCGCCACCUUGCUCGUCUCUCUCUUGCUCGAAAUUAUGAUGGGGUUCUGUCUGUAGUGAAGAGCAAGUUGGAGCAGAAGAAGAAGGAAACAGCUGCGGAGAUUCGUUUGCAAGAGGUGCGAGCUUGUAUUGAGGCUUUGACUGAGUAUAACGAGGGUGGCUUCGAGCUCGAGGCAGAGUUGGAACGUCUUAAAGGCCUGGAGAUUUUGCUCGAAGUUGAUUACGGUCUUGCUUCGGUAUCGGACCACUCUCUUAGUCACCUCGAUCUUCCUGAGAUUUAUGGAGAUUCGGUCAACCACUUCAUUGAGCCUGUUGGUUUAUCCUUUAGAAGGCGUAGAACAGAGACUGAUCAGGAAUCUGUUUUGUGGGCCUUUAUCUGGCCUGAUAGAAAGUCGGUUGAACGGGCUAUAUUUAGUGAUUGA